AUGGAGACGACUUAUGCAAAUAUUAAUGGGCAAAUAUGGUUGUUCUUUGAUGCAGUGGUGGAAUGGGAAUUAGUGGAGGAUACUGAGCAACAGGUGACUGUGAGAGUACUUCACCAUGACCUAGGGCAGCACAUGAUGAUGAGAUUUGUUUAUGCAAAAUGUUCAGCAAUUGAGAGGUUGGAAUUGUGGGAUCACUUGUAUUACUUAACAAGUGAUAUAAAAUUGCCAUGGUUGGUAGGUGGGGAUUUCAAUAUGAUAUUUCAUGAAGAUGAGAAAAUAGGAGGACUACUGCAAGGAUACAAAGGAAGUCCAUUUACAUGGUGGAAUGGGAGAUCCAACGCUGCGUGUAUAUUCAAAAUAUUGGAUAUAAUUUUUGUGAGUUUGCCAUUUCAUAACAUGUUUCCAACUAUUGAAGUUGAACAUCUAAUCAGAACUGGAUCAGAUCAUGCACCAUUGUUAAUGACAUGUGGGGAGCAGACCACCAAUUUUGUCAAGCCUUUCAGGUUCUUGAACUUUUGGACUAAACAUGCUACAUUUAUGGAUGUGGUGAGGCAGAAUUGGGAAGCUGAUUUCAUAGGGGAUCCGUUUUGGAUGUUCAAGCAGAAGCUCAAGAGGGUGAAGGUAGCACUGUCAAAAUGGAGUAGGGAAACAUUUGGUGAUAUCUUCAAGCAGUUGGCUAUUUUGGAGGACAUUGUUAGGGUAAAAGAGAUGCUGUUUGAAAAAGAGCCUUCAAUUGAGAAUAGGAUUGUGUUUCAAAAGGCACAAUCUGAAUUGAAGAAAUACUUGAGUAUUGAGGAGCAUUAUUGGAAGCAAAAAGCUGGGAUGACUUGGUUUACUGAAGGAGAUAGGAAUACAAAUUUCUUUCACAAUCAUGUCAAUGGCAAAAGAAAGAAAUUACAACUGAAGAGGAUGAAAAGUGGAAGUGGAGUCUUGUCUAGAGUUUUACAUGAUAGAUUAGAAAAUUCUUUGCCUUCUCUAAUAUCUCCCAAUAAUUCCGGAUUUGUGAAGGAUAGGAGUAUAUUUGAGAACAUCUUAUUGACUCAAGAAAUUAUCACUAACAUAAGGUUAAGGGGAAAGCCAGCUAAUGUGGUGAUCAAGCUUGAUAUGGCUAAGGCCUAUGAUAAGGUUUCAUGGAAGUACUUAUUACAUGUACUAAGGAAGAUGGGAUCUUCUGAGCACUUCAUCAACAUGGUGUGGAACUUGAUGUCAAAUAACUGGUAUUCAGUAUUGGUGAAUGGGCAAUCCUCAGGGUUCUUUAAGUGUACAAGGGGUGUGAAGCAAGGGGAUCCUCUAUCACCAGCAUCGUUCAUUCCGUCCGCUGCGGUACUUUCCAGGUCUUUGAAUAAGCUCUUUGAAGACAGGUCAUUUGCGGGAUUUGGAUUGCCUAAGUGGUCUAAUCCUUUAAACCACUUGGCAUAUGCUGAUGAUACUAUAAUCUUUGCUUCUGCUCAUCCUCCAUCAUUGAGCAAGAUUAUGGAAGUGUUGGGGAACUAUGAGAAGAUAUCAGGUCAGAUGAUCAACAAAGAUAAGAGUUCAUACUACAUGUAUUCAAGGAUUCCUACGGGAUUGUGUCAAGCGGUUGGAGCUAUUAUAGGAUUUGCAAAAG